AUGAGCCCGCUCCCGCAUCCCAUACCGCUGCCCCCCGUCGCCGCCGUGCCGCGCGCGCCCAAAGGCGGCGGCGGUAAAGGAGGCGGCGGCGGCGGUUCGGGCGGCAGCAAGGCGUCGAAGUACAAGGGGGGUUACUACGGCGGCAGCGGCGGCGGCGGCGGUGGUGGUGGCGGCGGGGACCUGCCGCUGUGGGCGAAGCUGGUGCUCAUCUUCGGGAUCCUGUGGCUGUGCAUCUACCUCGCGUUCUUCAUCAUCUUCCUGCGGCGAGAGCACAACGCGUACCUCGAGGCCCUGCCGCCGAGCGAGCGGCGGCGCCAGCGCCAGCGCUGCUGCUGCGCGUGCCUGCCGGCGCGGGUCGUCGGCCGCGCCGCCUGGCGCGCGUUCCGGUACGCCGCCCUGCUCGAGCCCUUCAUCUGGGCCGGCCGCAAGGUGGUCGGGACGCUGCGGGCGCGGCGCCGCGGCGCCGCAGCUGCCGGGGACCCGGACCCGGAGCACCCCGCCGCCGCCGCCGGCCAGCAGAAGCAGCUCCACGGCAGCUUCUACCACCGGCUCGAGGCCCACGACGACCACGACGCCGCGACCCCGGCCCCCGCCGAGGCCCGCGCCAGCGUGUACGCCUACCUCCAGGCCAAGGCGCCCGCGCCCGUCCCCGAGGCCGCCAAGCACAAGCCGCUGCCCACGGACGUCGUGCCCGCGCCGCCCUACGCGCCGCUGCCGCCGCCCCACGACGAGCGCGACGACGUCCUGCCCGCGUACCGCGGCGCCGGCGCGUAG